AUGACUGUACUUCGUCCACUUACUCUCCAUGCUUACCUACAGUGCCUGUGGCUGUUACCCGCCGGUCAAAGAGGGAGCUGUCGUUUGAGGAAAGCCAACUAUGGACGAUUGGAAAAACUAACCAACGAAGGCGCAGACGGAAGACUGGAAGGUAAGACUCCGUACUUCGUCCACUUACUCUCCAUGCCUACCUACAGUACCUGUGGCCGUUACCGGCCGGUCAAAGAGGGAGCUGUCGAUUGAGGAGAGGCAACCAUCGACGAGUGGAGAAACUAACCGACGAAGGCGCAGACGGAAGACUGGAAGAUAUGACUCUGUACUUCGUCCACUUACUCUCCAUGCCUACCUACAGUGCCUGUGGCUGUUACCGGCCGGUCAAAGAGGGAGCUGUCGAUUGAGGAGAGCCAACCAUCGACGAUUGGAGAAGCUAACCAACGAAGGCGCAGACGGAAGACUGGAAGGUAAGACUACGCAGUUCGUCCACUUACUCUCCAUGCCUACCAACAGUGCCUGUGGCUGUUACCGGCCGGACGAUUGGAGAAGCUAACCAAGGAACGCGCUGAAGAAAGACUAUAAGGCAUGACUUUGUACUUCGUCCAUUUACUCUCUAUGCCUACCUACAGUGCCUGUGACCGUUACCGGCCGGUCAAAGAGGGAGCUGUCGUUUUAGGAGAGCCAACCAUCGGCGAUUGGAGAAACUAAACAGCGAACGCGCAUACGGAAGACUGGAAGAUAUGACUCUGUACUUCGUCCACUUACUCUCCAUGCCUACCUACAGUGCCUGUGGCCGUUACCGGCCUGUCAAAGAAGGACCUGUCGUUUGAGGAGAGCCAACCAUCGACGAUUGGUGAAGCUAACCAACGAAGGCGCGGACGGAAGACUGGAAGGUAAGACUGUGUACUUCGUCCACUUACUGUCCAUGCUUACCGACAGUACCUGUGGCCGCUACCGGCCUGUCAAAGAAGGACCUGUCGUUUGAGGAGAGCCAACCAUCGACGAUUGGUGAAGCUAACCAACGAAGGCGCAGACGGAAGACUGGAAGGUAUGACUGUGUACUUCGUCCACUUACUCUCCUUGCCUAGCUGUAGUGCCGGUAGCCGUUACUGGCCGGUCAUAGAAGGAACUGUCGAUUGUGGAGAGCCAACCAUGGACGACUGGGAAAGCCAACCAUGUAAGGCACGGACGGAAGACUGGUAGGUAUGACUCUGUACUUCCUACACUUACCCUCCAUGCCUAGCUGUAGUGCCGGUAGCCGUUACUGUCCCGUCAUAGAGGGAGCUGACGAUUGUGGAGAACCAACCGUGGACGAUUGGGGAAGCCAACCAAUGAAGGUGAUGACAGAAGACUGGAAGGUAUGACUGUGUACUUCGUCCACUUACUCUCCAUGCCUAGCUGUAG